GGCGGGGCUGUGCGCGGUGCAUGCCGGGAGGGAGGUCGCAGUACGGACACAGCACAGGAGGGUGACGGGUGGUGAGGCCUCUGUACCGCCGCCGGGAUGGAUGUUUUUUUGAUGAUCCGUCAUGGCAAGACCACAAUCUUCACCGACGCCAAGGAGAACACCACAGUGUAUGAGCUGAAGAGGAUUGUGGAAGGAAUCUUAAAGCGAGCUCCUGAAGACCAGAGAUUGUACAAGGACGACCAGCUCCUAGAUGAUAAUAAAAGCCUGGGCGACUGUGGCUUCACCAGUCAGACCGCGCGCCCCCAGGCUCCAGCCACAGUGGGAUUAGCUUUCCGCUGCUCGGGUGACUCCUUCGAGCCUCUCCGAAUAGAGCCCUUCUCCAGCCCGCCCGAGCUCCCCGAUGUCAUGAAACCACAGGAGACGAGUGGCAGCGCUAAUGAACAGGCCGUGCAGUGAAUUAUGGGAGCUCUGUGCUAGCCCCUCCCAUCUUCCAUGUAUCCCCCGCCCUGUCGGAUGAGACCACACUUUCUGCUUAGCAAUGUUUGGGGUUCCCUCCGACCAGCCAAGGGGUUCAAACAUCUUCCCCUUCCCCCUUCCUAUCCACCCCCAUGCUUCUCCUCUAGUCCCCCCUCCCCCUCAUUCACCGUGACCCCACCCUCCCGAAAGGCUUCUCUCCCUUCCAUGUCACGUUCCUGGCUGCGCACACUCUCUAUUGUGUUUUUGGGGUUCGGGUUGGUCUUGUAUUGGUUUUGUUUUAUUUUAUUUUUUAAACACAAUAAAUUUUGUUUGCCUGUC